AUGUCCAUGCUCGAUUUCGGCUCGCUACAUUGGGCUCGCAAGAAGGCACUGCCCAUUGUAAUCAGCAACAAAGGCCGGUCCGCAGUUCCUAUCAAGGCUUUCAUUACUAUGCUCUCACAGCCACGUCUCAAGUCACAACUCAACAACAACUACGAAGAUGUUGAUUCUAACUGCAAUGAAGAACAACAGUCAAAUUUUUUCUUUGUGAAAUUCGACGGUGACCAAACAAAUGCCGACUUUGUCAUCUCCGACUCCACGUCGUUCCUACUGCAGCCCCCUCCUCCCGAUCACCACCAGCCCCUCCCUACAACUCUUGCUAAGGAGGGGAAGGAACUGAUGAGUUGUUGGGACGUUGGUGGAAAUGAUGAUGAAAGCAUUGACUCGGUCAAGUUGAUGGUCAUGUUUAGAGCUCCCCAGGAACCGAAGGACGGAGAAGAGAUGAAUAGAACGGUCUCGUUGACAGGCAUGUUGCACGUCGAGACCGGUAGACAAUCAAGUUGUUUCUCUCACUUUGGAAAGAAAUUGCUCAAAGGAUUGGCAGGACUGGCGAGAUUGAGAACGAAUUUAAUGGUAGUUUUUGCUGUGCAUGCACUGCAUUUGGUGAGUAAAAGGAACGACCCAUCCCCCAGUGCCAUCGUCAAAAUAUUGAACUGUGGGUCCAUCUUCGUCGACGUCAGUCUGGAGGUACCCCCUUCCACGAAGAAAUACUUUAACCUCACCCCCUGCAACCUCAUGAUCGAACCUGGUGGUUUGUCCGAGGUCAAGGUCACGUUCGAUGCCAAGGACGCCGGGUGGAACACCAAGAUUGAAUGUCCCAUCUCGAUAUUUGUCGAACCUGACGGACCAGGGUACGAAAUUCCAGUUGUGGCUGAGGUACAAAAACGAGGAGGUAGCACUGAGGUGUUGAUGUGUAAUAGGGCUGCUAUCAUGUGGACUCCUCCAGCUGUUGGGCUAUCAGCUGCUGGGCUAUCAGCUGUUGAGGUAUCAGCUGUUGAGGUAUCAGCUGCUUCUAAACAGGUACUGUCUCUGUACAACACCACAGAUGAUAUUUUGAAGGCGGUCUUGGAGAUCAAAGGAUCGGCGUCAUUUCUUAUGGUGAUGUCUAAUGGCCGGAAGGAAAAAGAGACUCGCAGUCGUGCAAUCGUCAUUGAGCCGAAGCAUGAAUUUUCAGUCGUUCUGAAGUUCGCUGGUCAGGAGAGCAAGUCCUAUGCCGCCAUGCUCAUCAUAAGAGUCGCCGAUGUCCAAAAAUACAUCGUACCGCUCUUUGCAUAUGCUGGAAAAAGUAGAAUAGUUUUAGAAGAUCUCCCCAUCGAUCAGAACAGCUCUUACAUUACUACCGCUACAGCCACAAUUACUGCAGCCACAACCAUUACAGCUUCAAGUAGUGACAGUGGUCGCCAGGAUGAAAACAAGCUAGUCGUAAGAACCUGCAGCAUUAGAAGUAGCCAGUCACAGAAACUGAAUGUAACUGACGGAGUGCUAAGCGCUGUUCUGCGUCUGUAUUUCGGCGAUGAGAUAAACAGACAGUUGCAUAUAAGGAUUUUAGGCAAGAAAAGAAUAGGGACCUUGAACCAGCAAUCUGAGGAGGAACCAACAUCAUCAUCUUCAUGGAGCUUGAUGAACAGUGUAAGAUCAAUGAACUUUGCAGAGUCCUUUCCAGAUGAAGAAACCCUGAAGCCUGUUGAACAGAAAGCAGCUGCCGAGCUGGCCUCGUUACAAUUAUUCAACGACAACAUCAGUGUCGCGACACUCAUUCUUCCACAAUAUCUUCAACAGCUACUGAUGCACUUUACUAUGCCUUCCGAGCAACAAAUUUUGUUGAGACAUUUGUUGCAAGGACAACAACAACAUCAACAACAACAUCAGCAGCUAUCGUCCCUACAAGAAUCUCAGCAUCAGUCACAUGCACUGAGUAGACUUGGGUGA